UUCCGCCGGUCCGUGAACGCAGCAUCCGUCCAUCUUGACUUGGAAGUCGCGCCUGCGCAGUCGUGCUUGUGUGACCUUCACAGGAGGAACCAUGUUCGCCCGGAGCAGCGCGUUGAUCUUCUCCCCACAAUGUUUGCAGGUCAGGAACAUGGCUACCCUGAAGGACAUCACCAUCCGGUUGAAGUCCAUCAAGAACAUCCAGAAAAUCACCAAGUCCAUGAAGAUGGUGGCCGCUGCCAAGUACGCUCGUGCUGAGAGGCAGCUGAAGCCGGCACGUGUCUACGGCGGCGGAGCUCUGGCUCUGUACGAGAAGGCCGACAUCAAAGCGCCGGAGGACAAGGGCGCCAAGCACCUGAUCAUCGGUGUGACCUCUGACCGUGGACUCUGUGGCGCCAUCCACUCUGGCGUGGCCAAGUCCAUCAAGGCCGAGAUCGCCAGCCUGACCGACGCUGGCAAGGAUGUGAUGGUGAUCAAUGUGGGCGACAAGCUGAGAGCCGUGCUGACCAGAACUCAUGCAAAGCACAUCCUCAUGACCUGCAAGGAAGUCGGCCGCAAGCCCCCCAACUUUGGUGACGCCUCCUUCGUCGCCAACGAAAUGCUCAACUGUGGCUACGAGUUCGACCAGGGGACCAUCGUCUUCAACAGAUUCAGGUCUGUCAUCUCAUACAAGACGGACCGUAAGCAUGUGUUUUCCAACGAGGCCGUUGCUAACUCAGAGACCAUGGGCAUCUACGAUGACAUCGAUGCUGACGUGCUGAGGAACUACCAGGAGUUUGCUCUGGUCAACAUCCUGUACCUGGCCAUGAAGGAGUCGGCCACCAGCGAGCAGAGCGCCAGGAUGACUGCCAUGGACAGCGCCAGCAAGAACGCCUCUGAGAUGAUUGACAAGCUGACCCUCACCUUCAACCGCACCAGACAGGCCGUCAUCACCAAGGAGCUCAUUGAGAUCAUCUCUGGAGCCGCUGCUCUAUAAAUGGGCGAGCUCAUCGUUUCCAUUAACUUUAGCCCUUCAAAGUACUUGGAACACGUGUGGUCAAGAGUCCAAUGAACAUUUGUGCUUCUAUUUGUAAAAUAUAUGGAGAAAAAUAAACCUCUUACGCAGAA